AUUUUUAUUUCCGAAUGAACGUUCCAAAAAAAAAAAGUCAUUCAAUAUGGUGACUCGAUUUAGUGAUUUCAAAAUCUGACAAUCCUACCUUUAAACAAGCCCAUGGCAGAAAACUAUAGCUUAUUAUUACGAAAUAUAGCUUAUCAGAGGUGAUUUGUUAUCACAACUACACAAACGCCAAUGAUGUAUCCAAUUCAUAUUCCAUACGUUUUGAGUCAUGCUGAACACUUGACACUUGACUGUGAAGUCGCAGAAAAGUCAAGGUAGAUGAAAUCAUACAGAAUACUGAUGAAACGCAUAAGCGUGCGCACGGGAUAGUCAUGGUAGGCACUUGACUACUCUGCGAACUUUCCUCUCACAAUAUUCAAUAUUAUUAUUUAUUAUUAUGAUAAUUGAUAGUCAUUUUAUAACUUAGAUGUGACUAUGAAUAUAUACGUAAUAUGUAUAUGUUUGUGUAAUGUGUUAAAUAUGACUAUCCUGCCAGGAAUUCUGUGCACGCUUAUGAUGAAAUGGAUUUAAGUUUAGUGUAGUUAUUCUGCUCCAACUGGACAGCGAUUACGACAGUACCAACCCAACUGUUUAGUUGAUACAACGGACAUCAUAAUUAGUAAUAACUGCUCAUUACGGUUAUUGUAAUCGAUGAUUUAAAAGUCAGUUCUGCCGAGAAUUAAGCACGUUGGAUGAUAAUAUUAAUCAUUAGAUACCGUUUACGUUGAGCCUUAAUAUGUCUGCCAAGUUAGAAUUUGCUGUUCAAAUAUCAUCUUCAUUAUGCGCUGAUAAAGUACUGGAUAAACUGAACCAAAAUGGAAUUUCAAAAUCUGACGUUCAAAUAUGUUAUAAGACUGGAACAGUCAUUGUCAAAUCAGAUCUACCAUCUUCCUUAAUUCUAAAUGCUAUUGAAAAGAGUGGUUACAAAGCUGUACUGAAAGGAUAUGGAAGUAGUAAUUAUGACGUGAACUUGGGAGCUGCUGUUGCUAUGCUAUGUAAUUCAACAGGUCAUAGUGAUUCGGGUAUAAAUGGUGUUGUUCGAUUUAUUCAACUUAAUGAAAAUGAAUGUUUAGUUGAUGGUACAAUUGAUGGAUUAUCGCCAGGAAAACAUGGGAUUCAUAUUUAUGAAUGUGGAGAUUUAUCUAAUGGAUGUGAAAAUAUCGGAGAACAUUUAAAUUUUGGUCAAACACUACAUGGAAAUCAAACUGAUGAUCCAAAUAAUAGGCAUACUGGCGAUUUAGGAAAUAUCACUGCUAAUGAAGAAGGCCGAGCUAUAUUUUAUUUUAAAGAUAAAUUAAUAAAUGUAUCAAACUUAAUUGGUCGAUCCAUUGGUAUAACAGAACACGAAGAUGAUUGUGGUAGGACUAGAAUCAAUAAAUCUGAAAUUGAUGGAAACAGUGGGAAAAAGAUGUCUAAACUAAAAUUAUAUCGAGAAAAUAUCACAUUUUUAAGGAACAGCAGUGGAAUUUGGUACAAUCCAGUAGUGUUUCAAAAAUAUUUCAAAAGUAAUUUAUUCAUUUAUAAAAACAAAAUUGCUUGUGGUAUUAUUGCAAGAUCGUCUGGUUUGUUUGAAAAUAGUAAAAAAAUAUGUGCUUGUGAUGGUGUAACAUUAUGGGAAGAAAGAGAUGUGCCACUUGCUGGACCCGGGAGACAGAGAAAAAAUAAUAAUUAAAGGUUUACUUGGGUUUGAAAAAAGUAUAUUAUACAGGUGAUAAAGAUUUGAAAUUAAUAAAUGUUAUUAUUUUAGUAAUAAAAAAAAGUGCAAUGGUUAAGUUAUGUGUAUAUGGUUAAUAAAAAUAAAAUAUUUUUAUAAUUCUGA